UGACGUAGUCCCGUCAUCAUGACGUCACGUUGCGUCAGUCCCAGCAGCAUCUUGACUUCCGCGUUUCUCUCCAAAGUAGCUUUACGGCUAACAGCGUUUCCAGAUGAUAGAAAUGGUUUCAUUAAUGGUCUCGUUGCUCUGGACUCUGUGGAUCAGCUCUGUCUCUGCUGAAGGUCAUGUAGAGGUCAGAGGUGAACCUGGACAGUCCAUCACUCUGCCCUGUAGUUCUGCUGCCAGUUCAUCUGUUAUCGCCGUUCAGUGGAGAAGAACCGAUCUGGGCUCAGAGUACGUUCUUCUGUUCAGAGACGGUCAGUUUGAUGUAGGGAACCAGAACCCGUCUUAUCAGAACCGGGUGGAUCUGGUGGACCAACAGAUGAAGGAUGGAAACGUGUCUUUGGUUCUGAAGAACCUGACGACUAACGAUACGGGACUAUAUCAGUGCCAAGUCCAGAAUGAAGGAAGCCUUGAUACUGAACUCAUCAGAACCAUCAGACUGGAGGUUCUUAGUCCAGAGAAGAAAAAUGGAGGAACCAGCGAUGGAUCCAUCGGACUGAUAGUUGGUCUGAUCUUAUUGAUCUUAUUGGCUGCUGUUGUUGUUGUUGUUUUAUUUCUGAUCUAUAAAAAACAAUCUGCUUGUUUCAGGAAGAAAAGCUCAGAUCCUCCAGCUGAUCUGUAGAUUUACUAUAAAUGCCUUUAAUCUGUGGACAUGGCUUACAUCAGAUUAUUGCUGCUGUGGAUGUUUCAUCUGUCAAAUAUGAGUUGAUUUUCUCUUGCUGACAGAUAAACCUGCAGUCAUAAAUCAUGACUUGAUUAUUAUAAAAUAGUUUUGUACAAUGACUUCUGGACUAAAACUCAAAGGUGACAUUUUAUUUUUAGGCUGUGUUCCCACCAGUACAAUGUCGUCCACUUUGAAUCUUUAAAAGCUACACAAUUAUUAUAACUACUUAAUAAAAGAAGCUCAACCAGAAGCUAACUGAAGUUUUAUUAUUGCAUGGAUUGAGCUUCUCUUUGUAUUUAUUAAAAGAUCAAAUUUAUACUAAUCUUAUAUAUUCUAGUGUUUUAUUGACAUCUAUCCAAAUCAUUUCCUGAAUCAAAUUCAUCUCAAUUAAGUAAAAAUUUCAAGUGACAAUCAAACGAUGGCAGGUUGGUCCGUCCUGCUGAUGGAGGAGAAGGAAACUAAUUAUA